ACUUCCGUUCCCGGCAUGCAACGCGCUGGUGCUGACGUCAGCCGCACUCUGCCCAGUCCCCGCCGCCAUUGGUGAGUGUGGAGCCUGUAACUCACGGGCCAGGCCUGAACCGAGACACCGAGUGGGCCCCGGCUUCUAAACGUUCGCGAACCUUCCCGACCAGGCCUGGAACUGACAUAGCGAGCCCGGUGCUUCCGGACUGAAGCAUUCACCGAGUGACCGCCUGCGGCCUGUAUCCGCUGUUCGGACCCCGGCCUGUAGUGAGCCGCCCGUCCCCUCCCCCUCCGGACCUUGUGGAUUCUCCGUAUCCGCUCUUCAUGAAUGAUGUCUGCCACAAGCGUGGACCCGCAGAGACCAAAAGGACAGGACAGUAAAGUUUUUCCACUAGGGCGCUCAAACAAUGAUCUUAUUUCAGUUCAAAAUGGAUCCUUGCACCAGAAGGACAGCGUUCACGACAACGACUUUGAGCAGUAUCUGUCCGGGCAGUCAAAUCAGAGUAACAGCUACCCUUCAAUGACAGACCCAUACCUCUCCAGCUAUUAUCCACCAUCUAUCUUCCCGUACUCCCUGAGUGAAGCACCAUGGUCCACUGGUGGGGAUCCUCCCAUCCCAUAUCUUACCCCAUAUGGACAACUCAGCAACGGAGACCAUCACUUCAUGCAUGAUGCAGUGUUUGGACAACCAGGGGGUCUGGGGAAUAACAUCUACCAACAUCGCUUCAACUUUUUCCCUGAAAACCCUGCUUUUUCCGCUUGGGGCACCAGCGGCUCUCAGGGUCAGCAGACUCAAAACUCUGCCUAUGGAGGCAGCUACAGCUACCCUCCCAGCUCCUUGGGUGGGACAAUUGUGGAUGGACAGACCGGGUUUCAUAAUGAGACUCUAAAUAAAGCACCCGGCAUGAACAGCAUUGAGCAGGGCAUGGUGGGGCUUAAGAUAGGCAGCAACGUGACUGCAUCAGCAGUGAAGACGGUUGGUUCUGUGGUGAACAGCGUAGGAAUGCCAAGUGCUCUCUCUGGCAAUGGUGGCAACAGUAUAAGCAUGCCACCUUCCAAGCCGACCUCAUGGGCAGCCAUAGCCAGCAAACCUGCCAAACCACAGCCUAAAACGAAAACUAAACCAGUGACCAUCAUUGGUGGGGCACUGCCUCCACCACCCAUCAAACAUAACAUGGACAUUGGCACCUGGGACAAUAAGGGUCCUGUCACCAAGCCCCCAAUGCCUCCGCAGAUCCCAUCUCCUCAGUCCAUCCCUCAGCCCCAACCCCAACAGCAGCUGCUGCAACCAAUCCCAGCUCAACCGCCGCCUCUGUCCCAAGCCCCUUACCAAAAUCCCCCAGCGCCACCACAGCAGCAGCAAGCCCCGCAGAACCGCUGGGUGGCCCCCCGUAACAGGAACGCUGCCUAUGGGCAAGGUGGGGGCCCUGAUGGUAAUCCCUUGGGUGGAGCUCCCCCUCAUGCUGUCCCUGGUAGUGACUCCCAUCCAGUGUUGGAGAAGCUUAAAGCCUCUCACAGCUACAACCCCAAGGACUUUGACUGGAAUCUGAAAAACGGCCGAGUGUUUAUCAUCAAGAGUUAUUCAGAGGACGAUAUUCACCGUUCCAUCAAGUACUCUAUCUGGUGUAGCACAGAGCAUGGCAAUAAGCGACUGGACAGCGCUUUCCGCUCCAUGAACGGCAAAGGCCCCGUCUACCUGCUCUUCAGCGUCAACGGCAGUGGACAUUUCUGUGGUGUGGCCGAGAUGCGGUCACCUGUCGAUUACGGCACCAGUGCCGGUGUCUGGUCACAGGACAAGUGGAAGGGCAAGUUUGAUGUCAAGUGGCUCUUUGUCAAGGACGUCCCCAACAACCAGCUGAGGCAUAUCCGUCUGGAGAACAACGACAAUAAACCGGUCACAAACUCCCGAGACACGCAGGAGGUGCCCUUAGAAAAAGCAAAACUAGUGCUUAAAAUCAUUGCCACUUACAAGCACACGACCUCCAUCUUUGAUGACUUUUCUCAUUAUGAGAAGCGCCAGGAGGAGGAAGAGGUCGUGCGCAAGAAUGGCAGUGGCAUCAGAGAGAGAAACUGCUAGCAAAAGAGGGAGAAGACGUGUACAGAAGGAACGCCAGACCCGAAGCAAACAGUAAGGACGUCACUUCAACUUUGACUAGAACUGAUCUUAAAAAAAAAAAAAAAGGAAAAAGAAAAACAAAUCCUAAAAGUAACUUUAAAACACGU